UAAUAACUAACAAACUCAUUCUGUCAAAAAAUGGAGCAUGAAUUGGCAAAGACCCUGGAGUUACAGAUACAAACAAUCCAUCAAAAGAUAGCAUCUCAAAUUCUAUAUCCUCGGUUGACAUCCAUUGGUUCUUCCAUUUCUUCCUCCUCCAAGUUCUUUUCAUUUUCCACUCUCUUUACCCUUUUUGGCAUGAAAGGCUGUAAUCCCAUGGUUUCCUUGAAAAUGAUUUGAUUAUAAAGAAUAUCAAAUCCAAAGGAUCCCAAGGUAAGCCCUUUUUCCUGUCAUUUAUUCAUCAUACAAAGAUAAUCAACUUUGCUGCAAAAUUUUUAUUUGCAUCAUAUUUAUAAAGAUUUCUCGCAAACAUUUUAUUUUCCUUUCAUUGCUAAAUCUCCAUUGAAAAUGAAACUGAACUGAGAAGGAGAAACAGCUUCCAUUUACAUUAGGCUGGUAAGGUGGCACAUUGUUCUUCAUGAAUAUUUCCAGCAGCGCAAUAUGAGUUUUGUUGGACCAAACUCUAGGGAAAAGGUAGAUAGAAUAACCAAUAGAGGAAUCUUUUCCAGGGAUUGUAAUGCAGAAUAUAUGAGGAUAUUAGAGGAUCUUUGAGCUUUGAAAUCAACAAUGGUGAAGAUUCAAUCUUUGGGUUUUCCCCUUCUUACAUGGGCCUCUUGUAACUUCAAUUAAAGGGGGUCAGUUGGGCAGAUGGGACAUCGUUGGACCAAGUUCUUGCAGUUCUUCAAAUGUCAUAAUGAAGAUGGUAAGGAUCAUCAGGCUCGGUGUGUGGGGCUUGCCUGCAGAAACGUUCACCAUAUAACUACCAUUCAGAGCUGGGAAGCAAAACUAACAGAAGCAACCAGGGAUGGAAAGAUACUUGUUGCAAAUUUCAGUACACCAUGGUCUGGUCCUUGUAGAUCAAUAGCACCAACCUGCUGCGAGCUUGCAGAUAAAUACCCUUCUCUCAUGUUUCUAACUGUGGAUGUCGAUGAGCUUGCCGAGUUGAGCACUUCGUGGGAUAUCAAUGCUACUCCUACAUUCUUUUUUCUUAAAGAUGGACGGCAAGUGGAUAAAUUUGUAGGUGCGGACAAGGUAGAACUCCCAAAAAAGAUAGCAGCAAUUGCAAAUGUGGCAAACAGAUCUUGAGUUGACACCUUAGGUUUUUUCUAGCUAGCUCUCAGCCAAAUCACUUGUUCUUAGUUCCUCCAUGUAAUUACAGUUUGAACAACACUUGCAAUAGAUGUCCUAUUUACAGAAAAUUUUAAAUUUUAAAAUGGAAAAAUGGUUUCCCCAAACAAUUAAAUGCAGAAUUUGAACCUCUACUCUGUGAAGAAAUAGUUAGUGAUG